GGCUCUUGCUGAAAACCGAUUUCCUGAGCUAAGAAUGUAACAACAGGCCGUUCUGACACUUCCCAGCUGCAAUUUGAUCCUUGCCAUCUGCAGACUUAAGAGAGGGAAAGAGUUUGCAUUUGGGAACAUAGCAGCCACUCAAGAAGUUACGGGAACAGGCUGUUUGGAUCCCCAGAGGUGAUGAGAUGGGUGAGGAUUAACAUUCCUCUGUAUUGCUCAAGGCCUUUCUGCUAAAGAAGAAGCAAAACAGCCAGGCAGGGUCAGUCUCCAGAAGUUUUGAGACAGACAGACAGACGGACAACGGCUCUUUGUGGUUCUGAAUCGUAUUUGUGUCCCAAAGGAGAGAGAUUCUUUUCACUCCCAGAUGCUGCAUACUGACUAUAUCUCCAAAACAUGAAGGCACUGGAAAUUUUCAUUCUGGUAGAAAUUGUGGGCUCCUUUCCUGCUUUUUCAAGUCCUUCUCCAGUCCAUUGCAGAUGGAAUCCAUUUGGUCCCUGGUCAGAAUGUGACGGCUGCACUAAGACUCAGAUUCGCAGACGAACAAUAGCUGUUUAUGGACAAUUUGGAGGGCUCCCUUGUUCGGGAAGUUUGUCUGAGUCCCGUCCGUGUGUUCCUACAAGAGGGUGUCCAGUAGAGGAUGGCUGUGGCAAUCGUUUUAGAUGUUCUUCAGGGCAGUGCAUGAGCAGGUCGUUGGUGUGCAACGGGGAUCAUGACUGUGAGGAAGAUGGUGCUGAUGAAGACCAAUGUGAUGAGGUCAAGGUGGUCUGUGAGAACAUCAGGCCACCUCCAAAUGUAGAGCUCACUGGAGCAGGUUUUGAUGCCCUUACUGGAGAGAGCAGAGGAGGAGUCAUUCACACAAAGAGUUUUGGUGGACAAUGCCGAAAAGUGUUUAGUGGUGAUCAAAGAGAAUAUUAUAGACUAAGUGACAGUGUCCUUGCUUACACAUUCCAGGUGAAAAUUGAGAAUGACUUCAGCACUGAGUUUUACAACAGUACCUGGGCUUAUUUGAAGCAUACUGAGAGUCGUGAAACUGCAAAGGAUUACUACCGGUAUACACACAAUGAAAAUGAAGAAAGCCAUUCAAAGAGUAACCACCUUAUGGUAAUUGAGAACUCUGUGGAAGUUGCUCAGUUCAUCAAUAAUCGUCCAGAAUUUCUUACUCUUGCUGAGCCCUUCUGGAAGGAGCUUGCUAACCUGCCCAGCUUCUAUGAAUACAAUGCAUACCAGAGAUUAAUUGAACGAUUUGGAACACAUUUCCUGCAAUCUGGAUCUUUGGGAGGACAUUACAAAGUUCUGUUUCAUGUUGCUACAGACAGUAUGACACAAAGAGGUUUGAGCAUAACGGACAUGCAGACCUGUGUUACAAAAGGCUGGAGGUUUUUGUUCAUAAGGAAGACGAAAAGGGUAUGCACCAAACUGGAUGAGGUGGUCCGGCACUCAACAGGCUCCAGUAGCAAUGAGGUUAAAGCCGACCCAUUUGUUGAGGGAGGGAGUCCAGCGGCUGUUGCUGGCCUUAGCUACCUGAAUGUGCAGGAUCCUGUUGCAAAUACUGAAAGAUAUUCCUUCUGGGCUAGAUCUGUGUCCUCCUAUCCUAAAGUAAUUAAGCAAAAGAUAACACCACUGUAUGAGUUGGUGAAAGAAGUGCCUUGUGCCUCAGUCAAGAGGCAUCACCUGAAGCAAGCCAUUGAAGAAUAUAUGAGUGAAAAUGAUCCCUGCAGAUGUCGGCCAUGUCAAAAUGGUGGCCAACCAGUUGUUGAUGGAACUCAGUGCUUAUGUUUUUGCAAACCAAAUACGUUUGGAGCAGCUUGUGAACAGGGAAAUCUCUUACAAGAUCAGCCAGGAGUCAUUGAUGGAGGCUGGAGCUGCUGGUCCUCAUGGAGUUCUUGUACAGGAGGAAGGAAGUCAAGGAGUCGAAGCUGUAACAAUCCUCCCCCUAAUGGUGGUGGGAGGUCUUGCAUUGGAGAAACUGUUGAAAGUCGCCCGUGUGAAGAUGAGGAGCUGCAGCAUUUUCGUUCAGUAGAACCACACUGCUUUGAUAUAUCUGCAUUUGGCACAGAAUCCUGCCCAUCACCUCCUCCCUUGGAAAAUGGAUAUGUUCAAGAUGCCGACUCCUCCUAUCCUGUGGGAAAGAGCAUCAGGUAUACUUGCAAUCAUGGAUAUUCUCUUGUGGGGGAACCUGUUGCUCUGUGCGGCGAAGGCUUGGUGUGGACCGUUGGAGAGAAGGCCUGCCAGAAAACAGCUUGUUUGUUACCUGAGCUGGAAGGAGGACUAAGUGGAGCUCCAGUGAAGCCCUCCUAUCAAAUCGGAGAGAAGAUACAACUGUCAUGCCCUGAUGGCAUGCAGUUGGAAGGAGCAGCUCUCCUUUUGUGUGAACCUAGUCUGAAAUGGUCUCCAAAUGUCAACAGCAUCCAGUGCAGGAGAAGAGUGCCCAGUGUGACAGUUACUGAACCAACAGCACCUGACUGCCAACCAUGGGAAAAGGUUCAGCAGACAAAAUGCGUGUGUAAGAUGCCCUAUGAAUGUGGCUCCUCCCUAGACAUCUGUGCUACGGACCAAAGAACCAAGAGGAACACGUUGCUAACUGUUUGCAAGCUACAUGCCCUCGAGUGCAUGGGCAGACAGUAUGUUUUGGUCAGUAAAGAAAAUUGCAAAACGCUUACUGCAGUUGAGAGAGCCUGUGGCUCCUGCCACUUAUGGGAGACGUGUGAUGAGCCAAACAACAGAUGCACGUGCAGGGAAGCUGGACAGUGCAGCAGCCCAGGAACCAGCAUUUGUGUUGAAGCAGAAGGAAGCGUUGCCCAGCAGACGAUGACGGAAUGUGAGGCUGGCAUCCUCAAGUGUCGGGGGGAGAAUAUCACGAUUGUUGGCAUAAGACCCUGUGAUGGGCAAAGUUCUUAAUAUAGUUUUUUUCCCCUUGGUGCCCUAGAAUCACCCGGACACAGCAGUAGCAGAGCAGGUUUUAUAGUCUGUUGCUCAAGGGAGAAGGAGAAUGGGGAUUAAAGUAGCAAAAUGCCCACCAUUGUAGUGCUUAAUGGGGGCAGAAGACCUGCAUGCUUCACAGAUUGAGGCAGGGUGCAUCUCCCACCUGGGAUCACUGAGGGCCAGGCCACCCAUUGUCAGCAAUCUGGUCCAUAUUGCAGCAGCAUCCCCAAAUUUGAUAACUGGUCCAUAUUGCAGCAGCAUCCUCAAGCAUGAUGCUUCCCUUUCCUCCACAGGAGUGAACAGCAGCCAUUCACUUAUACUGGAGGAAGUAAAAAGGGUGCUAGAGGUGGGCAUGAAACCUGCUUUCUGCACCUGCUGACAAAGGGGCGGCAAAGUACAAAGUGAAGUACCCACUGAAAAGUUUGCAAGGGUCAGAUCAACCCCUAAAAGCUGCUUUGAUGGUAACGGCAGGCGCUAUCCUGCCACCCUGAUGAUGCCCCACUAAUCUGCCACUUGAGGCAACUGCUUUGCCUUGCCUUAUGAAAAGGCCAUUCUGACCCAACAACAACAAAUAUUUAUAUACCACUUUUCAACAAAAGUUCCCAAAGCAGUUUACAUAGAGAAAAAAAAACAAAGAUGGGUCCCUGUCCCCAAAGGGCUCACAAUCUAAAAAGUAACAUAAGAUAGACACCAGCAACAGCCACUGGGAGAGAACAACCCUACCCAUUGAGAAUGAAACCUGCUCUUAUCUGCCUAGCCCCUACUUAGUUCUGUUACUUGAUCACAGUUUUGUGGUCUUUAGCUGGUGGGCUGGAAUUUGCAACUGGGUGUUGGAUCGCACCAGUGGCAGUGCCAUCCUUUAGUUAUCUUGUGUGUUUUUUUUUUGAAGGUUGUUAUCUUUUAAGCCAAGUGAGCAAAAGAGUCAGAGAAAACUAGAGAGGAGAAAGUAGGAAAGAAAGGGAGAAAGUGAAAGGAUUAAAACAGAGAGAAAGGUAGAUAUGUAUAGUAAAAUAGGGGUGCCAUGGCGGAGGUCCAAGGAAUUGAACCCCAUGUUGCAGGUUUGGGCUGAAGAUGGAUCCUGAGUUUGGAAACGUUGCAGUCAAGAGUCCAUGAUGAAAUGUUGGGAAGUGAUUAACGAUGUUAAGAGGGUAAUGAGUCAUAAAGGAAGGCUGUACCACUCCUUUAAUAGUGGUACAGAGGGAGAAAGGAUGAUUUCCUCAUAACAAGCUGCACCUGCCAAAUCCAGUGCCUGACCACAGAAGCCCUGGUCACAUAACUGGCACAUUUCUAGUUAUAGAAUCAGGCUGGCUUUAGAACCCUAUCAAGAACUAACCCACAGACCUUGACAAGCUGUCUGAAGACCGUUUGCACUCUCCAUAUCAGCAAGUACCUCUCCAAAGUUUCUAGGCCACACCUCAUAUUUCCAGUUCUCUGCAUAAUCACAAGGAAACGGAUAGGUUUGCCCAAAUAUUUCUGCCCAAGCUGUUUUUCUUAGGGCAUGAGCUAGCCAAUGGCAAGCACUUCUAAGUCACAUUGAUUUCAUUGGGAGAGCUUACAGUUCUCCUAUUAACAUUCAUUGGGAUUUUCUUUGGCUGGAGCAUAUUCAUGCUAGAAUUAGCCCCAAAGGGAAAACACACUCCCAGAGGAAUGCAUAUUCAUUGGAAAUGUGACCUCCACAUAGCAUUAUCAUGGGAGGUAGGGGCGGGGUGGGAACAGACUACAAAGACAAUAAGGCAGGUCCGCACAACCUGUGAUCCAUCACCAAGCCCAUCACAGCCCAUCAUCACAUAUGGCUGCCCCCAAAGGGGGAUUAAUAAACACCCUAUUUUUGAUGCCUGCUUAGUGCUCUAAAAGGAGGGGGUUGCCAAGCACCUUUUAGGCCACCAUGCAUGGUUGGUUGGGUUGCAGUUGGCUUGCCUCACUAGCUCUGUGGACUUCCAGUAGCCCAUGUCCUCUAGUUCACAUUGUCUUGUUAUGGUAAGCAGUUGAACUGUACAGCACUAGACUUUUUUCAGCAAUCCUGAAACAUUAAAUGAUCAACACCAUUAGCGUAUCUUAUUAAAUCUAUUAAUAAAGGAAACAAAAAUUGCA